AUGGCGAGCCUCGAUGCGGCUGAGAGGCACCAGGCAGAGGCGGCACGCCUCCGCUCAGAGAUCGAGCAACUGGUGCAGCGCGCCCGGCUUCUGCUACACGGCGAUGCUGCGAACAAGCCCCUUGCACCGCGGCCUCCCCACCCUCGGCGAGCGGAGCGUGAGCGGGAGAUGGAGGAGGCUCUGGAGAAGGCAGAGUGGUACCGGCGUGAAAUCAAGCGCAUGCGGCAGGAGCUGGAAAACAGGGAUCGGCACAGCCAGAUGUCGAAUCCCUGGGACGCCCGGGACAAGGACCCCAUGGAGCUGUACAACCUCCUCGCAGAGCGACGGAAGGAGUUGCAGCAACUGCAGCGAACCAGCGAAGGGCUCGAACACGCAGCCGAGGUGCAGCGGAAGGCCGAGAGCGCCCAAAGCGCUGUGCGGCCGGAGAUCGAAGAGCAGCUCCAGAAGGCGAAGGCGGAGGUGGAGCAGCAGAAGCGGUUGAACGUGAAGCUGCAAGCGGACAGGCUGAAGCUGUCCAACCAGCGGAAGACCAUCGAAGAAGAGAUCAGGAAGGUGGGCAGCGAACUCCGAAGCAAGGCGGCUCUCCUGCAUCGGAAAGGCCCCACCGGACAGGAGAAAGGUGGUCAAUCUGUGCUGGAGCAGCUGCGUCGCGAAGUGGACAUCUUGCGUGGUGCCCUUCGGCAAGACGAGAGAAAGCAUCGUGCGAUGCUGAAAGAGGACAGCCAAGAGGUGGAGUUUGCAGCCGCACACGUCCAGAGCCUUCAGAAGAACAUCGAGGAGCGGGAGGCGCAGGUGGCUAAGCUUCGCGCCGCCAUCGGAUCAGAGCCCAGGCGCGAGUCUCGCAGCGAGUCGAAGCUGGCCAGCUCUGACAACGGGUAA